CGCUCCUCCGAAGCGAACGCGCGCGCGCCGCAGCUCGUGCUUGGCGGCGGCGCGAAACCCUAGCGCGGUGGUGGGAGGGACCGUCGCGGCGGUAGGAUGGUACUGGCUGUGGAGGUAGCGGCAGUGGCGGCGGCGGCGGCGGCGGCGGUGUCAUGAUGAGGAGCUUAGGGCCCGCGGCGGCGCUCGGAAGCCGCUCGGCGGCGAGGUGGUGCACGUACCGGCGCGUCACCGUCGCCGUAUGCCUCGGGAACCUCGUCGCCGUGCUGCUCGUGCUCCGCUCGCUCUACUCCGCCCCCGGCCACUUCGCCUCCCCGCCGCCCAGACGCGUGGCGGUGAAGUACUCGGAGGAGCAGAUUAGGCUGGUCGAGGAGUCGAUCCGGAUUCGCCGCGCGGCCGUGCCCGUCGAACUCGUGGAGGCGGUGAAGAAGCUAGAUAAGGUGUUCGCUAGGGAAGAGAAGAGACGGAAGGAUUUGCCACUCGAGCUGAAGCAGAAGGUUUCAUAUGAGAUUCUAAAUAGGCUGCUUGAUUUGGGGGAGAACAGUAGCACGACCGAACAACGAGAAGCUUUAGAGUCCUGGCGUGCAGAGAAGCUGAAAGAUAUAAGAAGUGCAUCUGCUCAGAAUUUGUCAAUAUCAGGCCUCUCUAUUGAGGAAUCAAGGAUGUUGAAACGAGCGUUGGAAUUUAAUUGGCGUAUGCUAUUGGAGGAUAAUGGUCUUUGGAUACCUUUCAUUGUAUGGCAUACUGAACAUAACGACAAGCCUGAAAAUGAACCAGAAGAAGAAGAGAUAAUAGCGGGUCCACCUUUACCCCCUGAAUGCAAUGCACAACUACAUACUGAUUAUGGUGGUGCUGCUGUUCGAUGGGGAUUAACACACCAUAAAGAAAGUGCAGCUGAUUGCUGCCAAGCUUGUCUUGAUCAGGCUAGAAGGGCCAGACCAGGAGCAUUGAAGUGCAAUAUAUGGGUUUAUUGUCCAUCGGAGUAUGGAUGCUACUCGCCAGAUAAAUAUGAACACAAGCAUCAGGAGUGCUGGUUGAAACAGGCUGAUCACCCUAAAUUGAACUUCAAAGACAGGUAUUCUGAGUCGUACAGAGAUGCUCAUCCAUCUGCUCCCGUUGUUGUGCCAUGGAUGGCAGGCGUCAUCGCUGUAUGAGCUGCCUACAGGCUAUCUAUAUCUAUUGCCUGCAGGAGCUUCUUUCGGAUGUGCAAUGCUGCAUUCAAAUUUGGUACAUUUCCACAAACUCAUAUACCAUUUUUUCGUUUGUUUCGUAGACUUUAGAUUAGUUUAGUCGGUUAGCUAGAGUUCAUGUGAGAUAGCUGGUGUAUUUUUUGAUGGACGGCUGGUGGCAAACUCUUUUUCUAGGAAGAAAAUGUAGAGAAAGAGUACAAAUUAUUCAAGGUGAAAUCAUUGUGUUUGCCUGCCCGGUACCUAUUCUGUAGCUGUCUUGAUAGCCGGGUAAUAGUGAUGCUUAACAAUUUUGACAUUCCACUGGCACUCCAGUUUGAUUUGAAUAGGGCUGAGCGGGUGAUGGCGAUGAUGAAAAAAAUUGAUACUCCGCUCCUCCAUCU